AUGAUGGUUCACCAACGUAACCACCCAGGUGGCCUGUUGCUGCUGCUAGUCGUUAGUGUGCUGCUAAUGUCCGUUUCGCCGAGUGCCGAUUGCGAGCACGAGUACUGCGAAAAGGUGUACCGGAUCAAUGGUAACUCGAUCGAUUUCCCGUGCGAAUCCACCAAAAACAUCUACCUCUCGACGCAGCGUUACAUCGCAAGCAAUGUGAUGCCGGUGCGCUUCCAUUGCGACCGGAACCGGGUAAUAACGGCGAUGCCCAGGUUGAAGCAAGGCAUUCCGGUCACCCUCGGUCAGAUCGAUCUGAACAAACAGUCCUGCUACGCGCACAUCAAACCGUAUCCUUGCUGGGCGUAUCAGGAAGAGGGCAACUGUAACUCGAUGCAAUCCAUUAUCGAUGUGUACGCCGACAUAAGGCGUAUUCUGUGGUGUCUGGACAGUGGUAUCACCAACUUCCUGGAGCAACCGAUAAAGAGAUGUCCACCGAAAAUUUACGCCUUCAAUCUGGCCAACGAUAAGACGGUCAAGACGCUCGAGCUGACGGAUAUUGUGAAAGCAUCCUCCAGGUUGCAGUAUCUGGUGACGGAUUACAACGAGUUGGGACAUCCCUGCGUGAUCAUAUCGGACGCGGACGGUGCGCUGCUGGUGUUGGACAUCCACAACAAUAAGCAGUACCGCGUGGUGCUGCCACGUGCCAUCUCCGCUGGUUGUGGUGAUUCCGAUGUGCUCUAUUUGCUGCUGAUCUCGAAACCGAAGGGACAGAGCAUCGUGAUCUUCAGCUAUCUGUGCGGUCGGAAGGUGUACUCCAUCAAGGUGGAGCAUCUGCGCACCGGGAAAGGUUCGAGCGCAAUCGUUGAGAUGGGUACGAAGCACAAGCACUCCGUACUGCUGGGCACGGACGGUGGUACUGGUUGUGUGCUGCGUUACCGCGGAGAGUCCGAGCUGUUCCUUUGGGAUACCGAGCAGCCCUACCGGGAGUGCAACUUCGUGCAGAUUCAGAAUGGCGACGACUGUCGCCUAUCGACUCAUGUGGGCGUCGGGAAGGAUCAGCAUCUGCUUUGUCUUUCGUCAAGCGUGACCGAUUACCUGAACAGCACAACUGGUGUCGGAGGUCCCUCGACGCGGUUGAGGUACGUUUGCAAAGAGUGCGAGGAUGAUUGUUACUGA